UCAAUCGGCCUCAAUAGUCUGCGCGGCUUCGGUGGUAUCAUGGCAGGAUUCACAAAUCGCCUCAAGAAUAUUCUCAAUUCACUCAAGGCUAGAGGUCCUAACGCCUCGACGGACAGACUGGUAGCUUUGCAAGAACUCGCUGAAAUCCUCGCAGUCAGCACCGAAGAUACCUUAGCAGGUUACUUUCAGACCGAUUCUUUUGCACGUGAGUUGGUAGCUAUUCUCAAGGGGCAAACUGGAAGAGACCGAGCGCGAGAGGAUGAUGACGAUGAGGGAGAGGAAGAAGAGGAAGAGGAGAUGUUACUAGCAUCAAGAUGUUUAGCCAAUUUGAUGGAAGCUCUCCCGGGUAGUGCUCACACCGUCGUUCAUCACGGUGCAGUCCCGGUGUUGUGCGCGAAGCUUCUCGAGAUCAAUUUUAUCGACUUGGCCGAACAGUCUCUCAGUACUCUGGAGAAAAUCUCUGAAGAACUACCCGCGUCGAUAGUUCGUGAAGGUGGCCUUACCGCGUUAUUACAAUAUCUCGAUUUCUUCUCUACAAACGUUCAGCGUACUGCAGUGACCGCUGCUGCUAAUUGUUGUUGUUCAGUCUCAGCUGAUAGCUUUCCAAUGGUUCGAGAGGUGUUUCCAAUUCUUCGUAACGUGCUCUCCUAUUCAGAUCAACGGGUCUCCGAGCAAGCUGUGCUCGCCAUCACUCGUGUCACCGAUUCGUAUCGACAUCAUCCUGAUAAGCUUCAGCAGCUUUUAACACCCGAUGUCUUGACGGCUCUCACCUCUUUGUUAUCUCCGAUUGGUGGCACCAAGAUCAGCGAUAGCAUAUUUUCCGCUAUCCUCAAGUCAUUCACCAACAUCGGUCGGAGUAGUGCCGAAGUGGCUAUCAACUUACUUGAUGCUGGCCUUGCUGACACGAUUUACGGAAUUCUUGUCGGCCAACUCCCUCCUGACCUCACUGACGAGUACGAUCUUGCGUCCGAACUAACCAAAAAUUCUUCAAUUAUCACUCAAGCAUUGAUGCGGAAGGACAAAGCACAAAUCCAGCAAGCGAUUGAUCUUAUAGUAGAAGUAUUGCCACCUUUGCCAAAAGAAGACAUAAAACCCGAUAUCUCCUCUGUACUUGGCUUAGUUGCUUCACAUGGCUCACCUACUUCGACUAAGGAGUUGACCAAAGAAGCAAUGAUCGCACAUCGAAUCGAGCUGCUUGAGUCACCCGCCAGAGAAGUAACGGUCCGCCGUCUCAACGCACUCCUACUGCCAACAUUAUUGGAAGUAUAUGGUGCCAGCGUUAGCUCGACAAUCCGGGUCAAAGCCCUCGUGGCAAUGCUCAAGAUCGCGUAUUUCAACCAACCCGAUUACCUGUCCAAGACACUUAAGCCGAUACCGAUGGCCAGCUUUCUAGCCUCGAUUCUUGCCAAUCGGGAUCAGACGGCUCUAGUACUUCAUGCCCUACAGAUGGUUGAUUUGCUAUUAUGCAAGUUACCCGACGACUAUCACUUCUUUUUUCGACGCGAGGGCGUGAUGCAUGAGGUGGAUCGGCUAGCAGAUCAAUCUCUAUCGUCACCGAGCUCCUCCAACUCUAAGCACAAGUUAUCACAUCAAUCUCUUGCUUCAUCUACUGAAUCGGACAGCCUCCACUCGACGAUGCCAGCCAGUGCUCUCAUCGACAACUAUCCACCAUCCUCACUCAUCUCAUCAUCGCUUCAAGUUCCCAUGGCUUCGUCUUCUAGACGUAGUGGUGUGUUACAAGCUUUCGCGGCUGCCUACUCCUCAAGCUCAAGUUCCGGAACCCGCGACCAGCCCAUCUAUCGAGCGCGUCAGUUGAGGAAUAGGUAUGCUGGUGGAGAAACCAGCGCGUCUUUGAAAGCUCAGGCGAUGCUGGAUCAUAUUCGUAAUAUCACCGAAUCUUUAUCAAUUGUUGAUUCCGAGCAUGAAGCUGCAACCUUAUUGAAGGAACUUGCACAGCUCUUCAGUCAACACGAGAAUCCAGUUUCGAGCUUCGAGUUGUCAGAAAGUGGUCUUGUGGGAAGCUUGUUGCGGUACGCCACCGAAACCCGAGCGUUCGGACCAAGCCUCGUAACCCGCCGAGCGUUAUUGUCCAAGGCCUUUAUUGGCUCAUUUGACAGCAGCCCUGCGUAUGUACCAUUGGUCAAACGUCUUCAGGAGUCCCUAGGCCGCCUGGAAGGAUUCGAAGUUUUGACAGCCGUUGCAAGUACGCCAGAUGAUUCCAGACGCAGCACGGCCUCCUUGUUGGCUAGGCAAUUGAAAAUCCGACUAGUUGCUGCAGAGGGGACCGACGUCCCGAAGAAUUGUGCGAAUGUUGUGGUCUCUAUCCAUGCAAUCGCUACCUUCCAGGCCUUUAGCGAUUAUCUUCGCCCACGGAUAAUCAAGGGACAAGAUGACGAACGUCUUGGUCGACCAUCAUCAUCAGGUCGCCUAUCUGGCAUGCUCGCAGCCUUUGCUGCAGCGGCUGGCUUACCUUCCUCAGUCGCUUCAUCUGGAAUUCCCGAUUCGGCCUCAGCUUUUACCCUUCCUUCAACAAAUGAAUCCCAUUCGAACCUGCCCCCUACUGCGUCACCUUCCUCUUCAGCCCCUACCGCCACGCCUACUGUUGGAAAUACUGAUGGAUCUUCGGCUCAGACCUCCUACGUCCCUCGCCGGAGCUCUAGACUCAUCUCUGCUACCGACCCUUUAGCUUCAACCUCUGCACUUCUCAAUGUCGACGAUCGUGGUCGAGGCGACAUCAUGGACGUAGAUGAGCAGAUAUCUGGACCUAUUGAUGAGGAUGUUAUGGAUUCCCAGCAAUCCAACUCCAAUGACGAGCCUCCGAUCAAUGUCCAGCCCACAGCUGAUGGCACCAAGAUUGAAGUUCACACCCCUCAUGGCACUCGCGUUGCCACUCCAUUAAGUAGCCGACCUCCUUCAUCCCUUGCGAAACAUUCAGGGCAUGCUUUGGUGGGCAUGAUGACCAGCAGUGCGAGCAGCUUGCGUCCAUCCAAGUCCUCAUACGCCGCUGCGGUCAAGGCUGAGCCUAAGGAUUGGCAUCUUACCUUCAGUCUCGGUGGUCAGGCUAUCUCUCUUGACACCACGAUCUAUGGUGCAGUCUACACUCACGAGUUACAGACUGGCGGAGGACAAGCAGCCGGAAGAAAUCUAUGGAACAACGUCUACACUGUGACUUAUCGCAAACAUGACGGGCCAGCGCCAACUUUGAAUGAGGACGCAUCAUCCGUCACUCCUGGAUCACGCGAAGAAGCUGGCUCACUUCCAGCUUCGAUCCCCGAGGGAUCUCAACAGGCUGCAAUCCUUCGCUUGUUGAGAGCUCUCUAUGUUCUCAAUCUUGAUUGGGCUGAGCUCCAAGGAACGAGUGCAACGGCUCGGAACAUGGCCGAAGCGGAAGCCGUGUUUAUCAAUAACAAACUGACCGCCAAGCUGAAUCGACAAUUAGAAGAACCUAUGAUCGUAGCGAGCGCUUGUUUGCCAGAUUGGGCGUGCGACUUACCGCAGCAAUUCCCUUUCUUAUUUCCAUUCGAGACCAGGCAACAUAUGUUCACCAUCUUUCGCUAUUCUCUGAUUCAGCGUCUAAUUCAGAAAUGGGUCGGCCAAGCAAGAUCGGACAGCUCAAGACGAGAUGAAAACUUGGGCCUGCUAGGCCGACUCCAACGACAAAAAGUUCGUAUAAGUCGUCAGAAGAUCUUGGAGUCCUUGAUCAAAGUCUUCGAGUUGUAUUCUUCUUGUCGGGCGAUGUUAGAAGUCGAAUAUUUCGACGAAGUAGGAACUGGUUUAGGACCUACGCUAGAAUUCUUUUCACUAGCAUCGAAGGCCUUUGCAGAACGCCAAUACAAGAUGUGGCGAGAUCAUGAGGGCAGUAGUGAUAGUGUACAUGUCUUUAGUAAGACUGGACUUUUCCCGGCGCCGAUGGACCAAGAGAUGUGUGAAAGCGAAUCAGGACUGGAACGUUUGAAGAAAUUCAAGGUCUUGGGACAAUUUAUGGCUAAAGCAUUGAUGGAUUCAAGAAUUGUGGAUAUCAGUCUUAGUCGAAGUUUCGCGAAAUUGGUACUCGAUUACGAGGUACCUCAGACGAUCGAAAGCGUCAAGUUGGUAGACUCUGCUCUGGCAGGGUCAUUGGAACAUCUGAUGCAGUAUGUAGUCGAAAAACGGCGCUUGGAGGCAGAACUAAGCGGCUCCGAGCUUGAAGAGGCUAUCAAAGUCAUUCGAAUUGAUGGAGCCACAGUAGAAGACCUUGCAUUGGAGUUUGUUUUACCUGGAUAUGAUGAAAUCGAAAUGAAGCCAGAUGGAAGCGAUAAAACGGUCACGAUUGGAAACAUCGAAGAGUUUAUUGAUUUGGUGAUUGAUUGGACGCUUUCGAAAGGUGUGGCAAAGCAGCUGGAAGUCUUCAAGAGUGGAUUCUCUACGGUUUUCCCAAUUCGAGACUUGAAGAGUUUCACACCAGAUGAGAUUGUGAAUAUAUUCGGGAAUGCUGAGAUGGAGGACUGGUCAGCCGAAACCUUGACUUCGUCAAUGCGUGCUGAUCAUGGAUACAAUAUGGAAUCUCGCGCGAUCCGUGAUCUCAUCCAGAUCAUGUCGACCUACGAUGUCACCUCACGUCGCGAAUUUCUCCAAUUCAUCACUGGCGCACCCAAAUUACCGAUUGGAGGGUUCCGAGGCCUUCAUCCUCCACUAACAGUGGUUCGCAAAGCCGCUGAGUCUGGUCAUGUGCCCGAUGAGUACCUUCCUUCAGUGAUGACAUGUGUGAAUUAUCUCAAACUACCAGAAUACUCAAGCACAGAUGUCGCAACUCAAAAGCUGGAUAUCGCCAUGAGAGAAGGCGCAGAUUCGUUCCAUCUUUCGUAAUAAACCAAACAACACGGAAAACUGCUUUAUCUUUCUUCUUCUGCCUAUGCUGAUUAUUGGUAAUGAUAGUGAUAUAGAAACUUGAAAAUAUGACAAAAAUGUACAACCGCAGCAGUUUUAUGGGUGCCGCCCCCGAAAAUGGAUGUGAGAAUGGCUAGCGUCGGAAAGAAGUUAUCCUUCUUUUGCUCUGCCUAUAUUUUUUGCUUCGUGAUCUCAGAUCUUUGGUCUAAUGUAGAGGAUGCAAAAUGGCUUAUCUCAAAUUCACUUGUAUUGACUUGUUUGUCUUCUUAAUUGUCUACAGAAACAUUUUUUUGGUGUUUGAUGUUCCUGUGGCAUUGGGAACAACUUUGAUAUUUUAAUCUAAACUUGUGUCGUAUCUAUGACAAAUUGAGAACAGUGAGAAAUCCUGACUGUAUGACUGAACAUCAUUGCUUCUCUUGCCUUGCAUCUUGCCUAAUGAUGUACAUAAUCUCCUGGUGCUCCAGCUUAUAUAGAGCAUUAAAGCGUAAAAAACUUAGCCCUGAUUUGUGUACACUCC